CGUUAUAAUUUGCUGUCAGUUAUUAGGUCAUUUUUUUUCAGUAUAUGAAAAACAUCUGGCCUUAUGAAAUAUUGAAAUACUAAAAUAAAUAUAUGACACAACACAAACCAGGGCAAAUUCUUCAGUAAACAAGAGAGGUUUAAUUUUUAUUGUUGUUCAUCAUUAGCUACAACAGCUAUUUCUUGACAAAAACAUUACAAUGUUUAGGAAGCACUCAUGAAAAAUUAAAAAUUUUUAUUGUCUAGUUUCUGUUUUCUUUUACAAAAUGGGAACGGUAUUCAUUUUAUUUUACAUGUAAAUAUUGUGUGUAAAGGCAUACAGGCCGUAGCAUGCGCAGAAAGAACUGGGACUAGGUAGCUGGUGACAGGGCUCAUGAGCUGGCAGCUCUUUCAGAGUCCAGCGUUCAUGUGGGGCAGCUUCAGGCAUCCUCUGACGUCUGCAGGGAAAAGGUUGAGUCAUCUGGGCUCUGGUCACAGAGCUGCUGUGGCACCCUCACCGUGGGCCUUCCUGUUCGUACUUCCUGUUCUGUCUCUCCUGCUCCCGAAGAGCUCAGGCGCAGGGGCCACGAGCUGCUGCCGUUGCAUCAACUGACACCACCGUGGCAAAGUCAGCAGCCACACCAUGCUGCCCUUAUUCCUAGUCCUCUCAUACCUAGGCCAAGUGAUCGCUGCAGGCAAAGACGUAGAAACACCACUUCUGCAGAUCACAGUACCAGAGAAAAUCGACACCAACAUCCAGGAUGCCAAGGAGGCAGAGACACAAGUCACUUACGUGGUCAGAAUUGAGGGCAAAGCAUACACACUCCAACUUGAAAAACAGUCAUUUUUACACCCACUUUUUGGAACAUAUUUGCGUGACAAGUUGGGAACAUUGCAACCAUACUUUUCUUUAGUAAAGACUCACUGCUUUUAUCAAGGACAUGCUGCCGAGAUCCCAGUAUCAACAGUGACACUCAGCACUUGCUCAGGUCUCAGUUAGAGAACAUCACUUAUGGAAUUGAGCCCUUGGAGUCUUCAGCUACAUUUGAACACAUACUUUAUGAAAUUAAGAAUAACAAAAUUGACUAUUCUCCUUUAAAAGAAAACUUCGCAAAUUCUGAGCAAGAAAGUCAGUCCUACCGAAUCCUUGUCAAACCAGAGAAAGGUUCGAACUCGACACUAACAAAGAGAAUUCUGAGGAUAAAGAUCAUCAUGGAUAAAGCCAUGUUUGACCAUAUGGGCUCUGAGGUGGGAGUUGCAACUCAGAAAGUUGUUCACAUCUUUGGUCUCAUUAAUACUAUGUUUUCCCAGCUGAAGAUGACAGUGAUGUUAAACUCUCUGGAGAUCUGGUCAGAACAAGACAAGAUAGAAACCAAUGGGGAUGCUGAUGAGGUCCUGCAAAGGUUCCUGCUGUGGAAAAGCAAGGAAAUAUCUCAAAAGGCCCAGGAUAUAACCUACUUACUCCUGUAUAAGGAUCAUCCUGAUUAUGUGGGAGCGACAUAUCAUGGGAUGGCCUGCAACCCAAAUUUUACCGCAGGAAUUGCUCUGCAUCCAAAGACGUUAGCUGUGGAGGGCUUUGCCAUUGUUCUCUCACAGUUGCUGGGAAUUAACCUGGGGUUGGCAUACGAUGACGUCUACAAUUGUUUCUGUCCAGGAAGCACAUGCAUAAUGAAUCCUUCGGCAAUACGUUCCCAAGGCAUAAAGGUUUUUAGCAGUUGUAGUGUGGAUGAAUUCAAACAGCUGGCUUCACAACCUGAACUGGACUGCCUUCGGAAUACAUCGGAGACAGAAUUUGUUGUCCAGCCCCAAGGUGGAUCGUAUUGUGGUAACCAUCUCCUGGAGGUCCCAGAGCAAUGUGACUGUGGCCCACCAGAGACCUGUACUCAUAAAAAAUGCUGUAACCCUAAAGACUGUACUCUGAUUGAUGCUGCGCAGUGUGGUACAGGGCCAUGCUGUGAUAAAAGAACAUGUACGAUAGCCGAAAGAGGACGCCUAUGCAGAAAAAGUAAGGACCAGUGUGAUUUCCCAGAGUUCUGCAAUGGAGAAACUGAAGGCUGUGCCCCUGAUACAAAAGCUGCAGACCUGGAACCUUGCAACAACGAGACUGCCUAUUGCUUUGGUGGGGUUUGCCGAGACCCAGAUAGGCAGUGUACAGAUUUAUUUGGGAAAUAUGCUAAGGGUCCUAAUUAUGUGUGUGCACAAGAAGUGAAUCUGCAAAAUGACAAAUUUGGAAACUGUCAUGGGCGAUGUAAUUAUAGUGCUAUAUUUUGUGGAAAAGCAGUUUGCUACUGGAACUUUGCAGAAGUCAUACAAACAGAGAAAUAUGAUGUUCAGUAUACUUACUUGGGAGGCCAGGUGUGUGUGUCCGCUCAUUUAAGAUCACAGACUGGGACUAGAGAUGACACAUAUGUCCAUGAUGGCACUGUUUGUGGUAGUGGCCAGGUUUGCUUCCGAGGAGAUUGCUUACGUGUGCAUGUCCUAAGGGGAACCAGGGAGUGUGAGGCCGAUGACAAAUGCCAAGGACACGGGAUUUGCAACAAUCUAAACAACUGUCAGUGUGAAUCUGGUUUUGCUCCUCCAGAGUGUGACAUGACACCUUCAUCUCCAGGAGGAAGCAUGGAUGACGGAUUUUGGCUGCCCUUCGAUAAAAGCACACCUUUGAUUUUCAAGCGGCAUGGCCUUAAGUACAAAAAAGUGCUUUUGAUCAGUUUCUAUAUCCUCCUGCCUUUCCUUGUUGUGCUAGCCUUCAUGGCUGUUAAGCGGAUGAUUGGUAAGCGGCUUGCUAAGCAGAAUAUCUCAAAGGCAUUGGAGCACAAAGAGGAAGCAUUCAACAGAGGGUCCAUGAACCCAGGCGUGGUCUCCGGUGGCAACACAGACCAGAACCUCAUGACAGUCCCAGGUAGCUUCAACAGCUACGCAUAUCAUGGCAACACAGACCAGAACUUCAUGACGGUCCCAGGUAGCUUCAACAGCUACUCAUAUCAUGGCAACACAGACCAGAACUUCAUGACGGUCCCAGGUAGCUUCAACAGCUACUCAUAUCAGGAUGUUCCUUACUACCGAUCAAUACCAGAAGACGGUAACGACAGCCAGCAGUAAUAGAGUCAAAGCAAUUAUGCAACAUCAAAGCCACAACAGAAGAAGACCACAACCAAGAAGCUCACUGUUCUGUGGUCUGAUACAAGAGCAAGAACUAGCCCAUCUCUUUCUCUGUGGCUUACUGUUUUUGGUUAUACAUGCCUCCAAAUAAAGUCUAUGGCUGACA